CACGUCAGUCGGUAAUUGAUUGCGAAUCUAGACACAUCGUAAAAAUACAUUCGUCUGGAAACGUUUGUAUUACCUAGCUAUUUCGGAAAUAUGUUCACGAAGAUCGCGCAAUUUAUACUGCUUUCGUACUGUGUCGUACAAAGUUGCGUUAUACCUGAAGAUGGAUCGCUGACAGAAAAUGUUAAUUUUUCUCAAGUCUUGUGUAGAGAUAAUUAUAAUGACAAUGGAGGAAAAUUCCAGAUAUAUCUAUUUUCUUUCUUGUGGAUAUCAUAUAAAUGGAGCAGUUAUAUAUCCUAUUAUCCAAAUUCUGGAGGGAGAUCCUACAAUGAGCCUGCACUGAAAGAUCAAUCUUCAGUACCUGUAGAAAAGAGCGACAAUAAACAGAAAGGUCGAAAGGUAAUUAUCAUCACCGACAUCACAGAUGGCAUUAAGUUGAUCAUAACCGAGUUAAAGAAAUUCGAGGAAGUUAGAAAGGAUGCUGUAAAUUCUAAUUAUGAUGAUAAAUCUUAUGGUGAUUUCUUAAACAAAAAUUUCAAAUAUAUGGAUACAGAUAAAAAACUACUGGAAUUCGUAAUAUUGGUACAUGAAUGGACUUCAAGUUUAUUGGUUCUAAAUACCAUCGGCCAAUCGAAUUACAAGAAUAUCUUCAAUUUUUCACGAACAUGUCUAUUGCCCCCGUUAAAUAAUAACAGUAAAAUAAUGUCUCAUGAAGAUUAUGAAAGUUAUUCCACUAUCCUCAUAGGUCUGAUUAGAUAUAUUCAGGACUAUUUAUAUAAACAAUCAGAGAUAUUAUUAUCCGUGAAAUCUAUCAGGAAGAUAGUAAAUGAUAAUUCGAAAUCAGGCAGUGAGCUCAUAAGCCUUAUUAAAUCGAUUGUAUUAGAAGCAAAUGAGAGAUUACAGAAUCCUGAAGAUACAGUGUCGUCAAGUCUCAGUGAUAAAUUAUUCAAGUUUCAAUUGUUUGCAUAUCGAUGGAUCCUUAAAAUACGCGUUCAGAUUAUCUACACGGAACGUACCAAGAAAUUUUUACAGUUUCUACAGGAAGAUCAGAAGAAAAAAACCACAAAUGUUUCGAAACGUGAAGCAGAGAUAAUGACCGAAGAUUCAUUCUUCAAUAAUUCUUUUAAAACGAAUAAUUGUAACUUCAAACGAACCAUACGUCAUACAUUAGAAAUGCAGCUAUUCACUACCGCGUGGCUAUUAUUUGAGUGGUUCUCGAAUAGUCCCGUUGGAGGAAGAUCUUUCAAUGAUUUUCAGCUUCCACUGGAUGAUCAGUUUGAUUCAUUGCCUACAGAGAAGAGCGACUAUGAACUGGAAGAUGAGGAAAUAACCGUCAAGGAUUUCAUGGAGAACAUUAAAUUAACUAAACGUCAAAUAAACAAAAACUUGAAGAGUUUCGAAGAAACUGCAAUGGACGUUGAUAACGAUUCCUCUCACAACAUACGGAAUACGAAGAGCCGCAUACUCAAAAGAUCCAACCUUAAAGGCAACCUGGAUAACUUGAAUUUCCGUCGAUUAAGGUUUAUACUGGCAGUAUAUCGUUGGAUUUCUAGUAUAAUAAUUCACAGAACCCUUGGCAAAACUGCUUUCGGUAACAUGAUGCCGAUUCUACGAGACUGUGAACCUAUGUUUCCCAUAAAAGAGGCUAACAAGAUGAAAGAAGAAAUUGAGAAAGUGAGCGACGAUAUCAUUUAUCUCGCUGAAUUGCUCCAGGCAAUCGUCGGUUAAAUACAAAAUCUAAGGACACUAUUAUACGACACAUAUAAUAAUAAAUUAAUUAUUAUAUAAUAAUGUUAGAAAAAUAGUCAAAAUUUUGAAGAAAAUUAAUUGUUUAUUACCUUUAAACUUGUAGCAAUAUUUCUGCAAGUUCUGUGCUA